UCGGAUUGAAGUGUCAAUUUGGUUUUGCAAUCAGCAAUCUUUACACUAUUGUCAACACACGAAAACCAUCAUGCCAAAGGAACGUGUAUCAAAGAAAUCAAGGAUGCACCAAGAAGUCCAGAAACAAGGUAUAAACUUUAACAAAGAUUUUGGACAGCACAUAUUGAAAAAUCCAUUGAUUGUGAACAGUAUGGUAGAAAAGUCAGCACUUCGUCCAACAGAUGUGGUAUUAGAAGUGGGCCCUGGAACAGGCAAUAUGACCAUGAAAUUGCUGGAAAAAACAAAGAAGGUUGUAGCUUGUGAGAUAGAUCCCAGAAUGGCGGCUGAGUUACAGAAAAGAGUCCAGAGCACGCCUGUACAGAAUAAACUCCAUCUGAUAGUAGGAGAUGUGUUAAAGACUGAGCUGCCUUUCUUUGAUAUCUGUGUUGCAAACUUGCCCUACCAGAUUUCAUCUCCAUUUGUGUUCAAACUUUUGUUACAUCGUCCUUUUUUCAGGUGUGCUGUGGUGAUGUUCCAAAGGGAGUUUGCCCAGAGACUCGUUGCAAAACCUGGAGACAAGCUGUACUGUCGUCUGUCUGUUAACACCCAGCUCCUGGCCAGAGUUGACCACCUUAUGAAGGUGGGCAAGAAUAACUUCAGACCACCACCUAAAGUAGAGUCUAGUGUUGUCAGGAUUGAACCUAGGAAUCCACCUCCCCCUAUCAAUUUUCAGGAAUGGGAUGGCUUAGUGAGAAUAUGCUUCUCACGGAAAAACAAAACUCUUGGAGCUGCCUUCAAGUACAAUACAGUGCUGGAACUUCUAGAGAAGAACUACAGAACUCACUGUUCUCUAAAUUCUAUUCCUGUACCUGCAGACUUCGACAUUAAAUCCAAAGUAAAUGAACUCCUAACAGAAAAAGAGUUUGAAAAGAAACGUGCACGGACUAUGGACAUUGACGAUUUCCUUGGGUUGUUAAACUGCUUCAAUUCAGCUGGAUUCCACUUUUCCUAACAAACCACUCAAUGAGUCAGGAAUCCUGAUUAACAUGCCAUAAUUACUGGAUCUGUCCUAUGAUCUGGUUAGAGCUGUCCACAUUGUGUUUGAUAGUUCUAUCAGAAACGACUGCUGGUUUUGUGACCACUUACAAAUGUUUCUGUUGAUGCAACAGCUGUGUCAGACAGUGGAAAUAGCUCAUUGAACAAGUGAUAUUGCUUCUUGACACAUUUGUUAUGAAUUUUCUAGUUUAGGUGAAAAAUAUUUUGCUUCCACCAAAUAAUAUUGAUUGUGACAGAAAAGUGUCCAUAUUCUAAAAAUCAUUAAAGGAAAAAAAAUCAGGAAACGCUAGUUAUGCAUUCUGUGAAAAUAACAUCAUCUAUCCACGAAAAACACAAUGGUUUGCAUUUUUUUCAGUAUGAUGCAUAUGCAAUUUAGUUUGCCUAUUCAUAUAAUAAGAGGUAUUGUCAGUUUAAUACAUUGUAGGACACAAUGUCUACUACACUUACCCCUAGAAAGAAGAUACUACUCUGGGAUACAGGGACUUUGCACAAAUGCAAAACAUCAUAAUUUGUGUAUCUUGACGCUUACAGUACUGUAGGUAAAUUUGGAGGGUAAGAAUUGUAUCUCUCUUAGAUUUUAUGUUAUAAUACCUUGUCCCCUUCUUUACUUUUGAAUAAUAUGCAGAUUGUCCUCAAGUCCCAGAAUAUCAGACAUGUACAUGCUGGUAGAUUUUGGGGUACAGAAAAAUCUAGUGUUAAUUGUAUAUGUACAGUACAAAAGGACAUCUCUAUUGAUGUGUGCAGGCCAAAAUCAAUCAAAGAAAAUCCUUUUAUGCAUUAUAUAUUAAAUACAGGAUAACAUUUCUGAAUUUAAAGCACACAUUCUGUUUUGUAUUUUAUAUUCAGUCUACUGUGCAACUUCAGUAAUACAUCACUUUGGAAAUGCAUACAGGAAAUUGGUGUUAAAGUGAAAUUUAAAACUGGUUAUUGUGAGGAAAUAUUGAUGGGAUGUAAAUUUAAAACUGAAUAUUGUGAGGAAAUAUUGAUAGGAUAUAUAUUAUUAGAGGCAUUCACAAAAUUGAUGUAAGUCAGAUACAUACAUGUAUGUUGUAUAUGCGUUUAGGUAACGGCUCUGUGAUAGGUAAAACAAUUUAUUGUUACUAUAUGUACAUGUAUUUGAAAUGUAUGAGUUGAUGAGAAUGAGUGUGAAUGUUUGGGGAUGACCGUGAUGAAAUUUGUUUCAUUAAUGAUUGGUAUAUAAUUGUAUAUACUAUGAAUGAAUAAAUUUUAAUUUGUUUUAAA